AUGUGCUUGGUGAGGGCAUUGUUGCAACAACCUUUCGACUCUUUAAAUGGUGAAGCAGAGUAUAACAGAGAGUACAUUGAGAGCUUGCAUCGUAUUUUAUCUGACUUGCAUAUUAUGUUAUAUGAUUUGCUAGAUAAAAUAGAGCGGUGCUUAAGGAAAUUGGAAGAUCAGCUGAGAUUGAUCGAUGAAGAUGGCAGGCUUAUCGUAUCGUGGUGGUCUCACUAUCUUGUAAUAUUGAAAGAGUUAAACAACAUUAAUUCUGAGUUGUUUAAUAACUCAGAGGUUUUUUGGCAGAAGUUGAAUCAACAAAAAAAUUCACUGUGCUUUCUAAUCACGAUGUUUGUAAACAGUUUUGAUGAUUAUCGGUGGAUCAUUGAGCACAAGGAGGUAACAAAUUUCGAAGUACGUAGACAUCUCACAAUGAUGAUGCUUGAAGAAGCUAGAUUCGGAAACAAGGAGAAGUCAUACGAGAUGCUCAUCGAUAGGUCUGUGCUGUUGGAUGUAUCUUUUGAAUAUAUUGUAGAUCAGGAUCCUGCAUUACUGCGAGGAGAUCUGUUAAUUCAAUUCAAACAUGAAGAAGCUGCUGGGCCUGGAGUGUUGAGAGAGUGGUUUUUCUUGGUAUUUCGAGAGAUGUUCAAUCCUCACAAGGCCCUCUUUGUUGCUUGUCCCAAUGAUCGAAGAAGGUUUUUUCCAAAUUCAGCAUCUAAGGUGGAUCCAUUACACCUCGAGUAUUUCACCUUCUGUGGUAGAAUGAUUGCAUUGGCAUUAAUGCAUAAAAUACAAAUCGGAGUUGUAUUUGACCGUGUAUUCUUCUUGCAAUUGGCUGGAGAGGAUAUUUCAUUGGAGGAUAUUCGGGAUGCAGAUCCCACCUUAUACAGUAGUUGCAAGCAGAUACUCGAGAUGGAUCCUGAGACGGUGGAUCAAGAUAUACUUAGCUUGACCUUCGCUUAUGAUGUUGAAGAAUUGGGGUCCAGAACAACAGUUGAGCUUCAGCCCAAUGGGAAAGAUGUUGUUGUGAACAGUAAGAAUAGAAAGGAGUUUGUUAAUCUCCUUAUUCAACAUCGUUUUGUCACAUCAAUUGCUUCACAGAUAGCUCAUUUUUCUCAAGGGUUUUCAGAUAUAACUACCUCAAAUAUCAAAACUUCCUUGUUUCGGAGUUUAUAUCUUGAAGAUCUUGACAAAAUGCUUGAUGGGAGUGGAACUGCUAUUUCUGUUGAAGAUUGGAAAGCACAUACAGAUUACAAUGGAUACGAAGAAAAUGAUCAGCAAAUAUCCUGGUUCUGGAAGAUAGUGAAGUGUAUGUCUGCUGAGCAAAGAAAAGUACUUCUUUUCUUCUGGACUUCUAUAAGGUAUCUACCUCUAGAGGGUUUUCGUGGUUUAGAUUCUAGACUUUGCAUCUCUAGAACCUCAGGGUCUUGUGAACAGUUGCCUUCUGCACAAACAUGUCUCUACCUGUUGCGUGUUCCUCCUUAUUUUAACAGGGUUAUGAUGCAAAAUCAACUCGAAAUGAUUACCCAAGAACAUAUUGGUUGCAGCUUUGGUAACCUGUGA